GUCCUUGUUAGUUAAUGAAAACAAUCAUGGCGACUUAUGCACAGGUCGGGAGGCUGCUGGGGGUUUCGGCGCGGCUUUUGCGACCCCUGGCUAGCAGUGGCUCUCAGAGCAGUAGAGUCUACUGGCCUUCACAAACCACAGGAGUCUCCAACAGAUGGCCACAAAACCCUGUCUGGGUGGUUCCUGGAAGGACCAUGUUUGUGCAGACACAGGACACACCAAAUCCAAACAGUCUGAAGUUCCUGCCUGGGCGGACAGUUUUAGAGGAGGGGACUAUGAAUUUUGCUGGCCCUCGGGAUGCGUUCUGCUCACCUUUAGCCAGACAGUUGUUUAGGAUCGAUGGAGUCAAGAGUGUUUUCCUAGGCCCUGAUUUUAUCACCAUCACAAGGUCUGAUGAAAUGAUGGAAUGGAGAGUAAUUAAACCAGACGUAUAUGCCGCUAUUAUGGACUUCUUUACUUCUGGGCUCCCAGUUGUGAAUGAAGACAGCAAGCCGAGGGCAGAUACAGCACCAUCAGAGGAUGAUGAUGAGGUAGUAGCUAUGAUCAAAGAGCUGCUGGACACUCGAAUAAGGCCGACAGUGCAGGAGGACGGAGGUGACGUUCUGUAUCGGGGAUUUGACGAUGGCAUUGUUAAGCUGAAGCUGCAGGGCGCCUGUACCAGCUGUCCCAGCUCCAUCGUUACGCUGAAGAAUGGGAUCCAGAACAUGCUGCAGUUUUACAUACCGGAAGUUGAGGCUGUCGAAGAGGUAAAAGAAGAUGAGGAUGAGGAGGCAGCUCAAGUUUAAGCUAGUGAAAGCAGAGCCAUGUCUACACAUCGUUCUCUGUCCAACCCAACUCCUUCAAUCAAAGCCAUAGAUGCAAUAAAAUGAAUGAGCGUCGCUCUGAUGGCAAGAACUCCUCAAUAAUCAUCCAAAUAUUUUCAUUUCAUUUUUACAUAGUUCUGGUCUGAGGAAAGGCAGUAAUGAAAGAAAAUGUGUGGCACCAUUCAUAGAAAAAGAUUGUACAGUUGGAAUAAUUUGUAUUUAUUAUUUCAUAGCGUUACACGACUUCUGAAUCGGUCAGCAGUCAAAACUGCCUAUAGGCUGUGAAUCCAUUCUGGAUACUUUUAUCUUUACAGAAUACAUAUUGUAUCUAUAUAAAUAAACAUUGUUGAAAUACUU